GAAUGCUGGGGCAGGUUUGCAGUUCCCUUAUUGGAUUUAAUCUGCGACGACCGCGUGCUUCCUUUGUGCACACAAGAAAACGACAUUUAAAGCAAAUAAUUUUGAUAGGUCCAGAUCCGCGCAAUUCGGUGUUUGGCACUUCAAAUGUGUACGCCCACAAAUCUGCUUAUUAACGAUGUUUUCUGAACUUUACCGUAAACGCUACUCGUGCGUGAAUGUACAUUGAAAAACAAAGGGUCUGAACAGGCGGGGCUGACAUUCCGUAGUUUUUCAACACAAGCUAUUCUUUACCUAACGUUGCCCGUUCAUAUAAAACUUUCAUCCUGCGUGAUUUGGUCUUAAAGAGAAGAUAGGGCGAGCAUUGGCAUUUUCUGACAAAACCAUGGAUGAAAGAAACUAUUUAGGGGAUCUAGGAGACUCGGAUUCCAAUAUACCAGAGGAGGGACCAACAACGCCCCCUCCUGGCUGGCUAGAGAAUGUGACGGGAUAUGAUCAGAAUCACGGAGACAAGGAUGGCACCGAUAAGCUGUACCCUCCUCCCCCUGACUACGCGACUGUAUGUGAGAAUGACAGGAACUUACAAGUUCCUACUGUCAGUGUUCCCGUGGUGUCGGAGGACGUAGCUCGGGAAGCGCUGAUGGAGUUCGUGGAGAGGAAGUGGACCUACAGGAGCAAGCCAGCCCGCGACAUGACCUUUACGGACCUGAAGCCCUUCACCGUGUACCGCUACCGUUUGGAAACAUACACGGAGUCCCGAUCAAGCACCUGGGAGUUCGAGCCUUACACUAACCAGUUUGUGGACGGGCCGCAGUACGGGGCAAGCCCCCUUCCCUGGGACGUCCCAGUGGAGGUCCCGCCCAUGUACACGAACGUGUGCUUGAAGGUGCGCGUCCCGCAUUCUUCUGUUGUCAAGGUGUGUCACCAGUGCCACGGCAGAGGCAAGGUCAAGUGCAAUCACUGCAGAGGCAAAGGAGAGACGAGGUGCAUGUCUUGCCAUGGCACCGGCCGGAAAAGUAAAAAGAGGUGCUCUUUUUGCCGUGGUUCGGGGAGACGAAGAUGUAGCUAUUGCUCCGGAAAAGGUCAUAAAACGUGCAAAUCCUGCCUUGGGCACCAAAACCUGCUGCACUUCAUCCAGCUGACGGUCACAUGGAAGAACCACGUGUUUGAGUUCGUCCCGGAUCGCAUCCCAGAAUUCCCCAUAAAGAAGUUUGAUAAGGUGUCAGGGGACGCAUUUUUUGUGGAGGAAAGCAUUGUGGUGUAUCCAGUCAUGGGCUUCCCUGACCUGGAUAUCUGUAACAUGUCGCAGAAAAUGAUUGAGGAGCAUCUGAGCAAGUUCUCCACUGUCAGCAGAAUCCUUCAUCAGUGCCAGAGCAUUGAACUGGUCCCUCUCACGCGUGUCUUCUACACCUACAAAGGAAAGGACUUCAACUAUUUUGUCUACGGAAUAGAAAACAAGGUUUACACUCCAAAAUAUCCAUCGAGUUGCUCUAUUUUGUAAUCAUUUGGGAUGAUUCCUUGAGUACAUUACUAAAUUUAAUAUCAAUUUCUAUUCUUUUUCUUUCUUAUAUUUAUAGCACAUACUGUAACAACUGUACAUUUAUUUGUUUUCAGAUGUAAUUAUUUUUACAAAACAAUACUUUUACACUGAAAAAUAAUUCACUGCUUCUAGUCAAAAAGAUUAAUGCAGAAAAUUGCCUUGAGGUCUUUGAGUCAUUUCUACUUAUUAUUAAGUAAAUGUUAGACAAACACAGCUAGUUUUAGUGCAACCAGGGUGGUUUUCCUCAAUAUUUAAAAACUUAAUUAUGUUGAACCUACUUAAAUAUUCAUAUUCACUGAGACAUUCAGCUAACUAAUAAUAAAAGUGAAGUUGAUUCAACUUGUAUCUUUUCUUUCUUUUCUACUCAUAUCUUUUGCAAAUUUCUGCUUUAAUCAAUAAAUCAAGAAAAAAAUAAGUAAUCAUUUAGAGGUCUUCACCUUUUUAUUGAUUGGAAAUCUGUAGGAAAUCUGUAGGAACAGGCAGGAAUUGAACUUUGGUUGCCUGUGUGAGAGGCAGUUGUGCUAACCCCUGAACUUAAGGUUAAGUCCUUUAGGCCCAACGUCAGUGC